AUGUACACAAACAACAAGUGUGCAGCCCUCAGCUCUCAGCCCCCAGCCCUCAGCCCCCAGCACUCAUCUCCCAGCCCUCAGCCCUCAUCACCAGCCCUCAGCCCCCAGCCCUCAGCUCCCAGCCCUCAUCACCAGCCCUCAUCCCCCAGCCCUCAGCCGCCAGCCCUCAGCUCCCAGCCCUCAUCACCAGCCCUCAUCCCCCAGCCCUCAUCACCAGCCCUCAUCCCCCAGCCCUCAGCCGCCAGGCCUCAUCACCCAGCCCUCAUCACCCAGCCCUCAGCCCCCAGCCCCCAGCCCUCUUCACCAGCCCUCAUCACCCAGCCCCAGCCCUCAUCACCCAGCCCUCUUCACCAGCCCUCAUCACACAGCCCUCAUCACUCAGCCCUCAUCACUCAGCCCUCAGCUCUCAGCCCCCAGCCCUCAUCAACCAGCCCUCAGCCUCCAGCACUCAUCACCCAGCUCCAGCCCUCAGCUCCCAGCCCUCAUCACCCAGCCCUCAUCACCCAGCCCUCAGCCCCCUGCCCUCAUCACCCAGCUCCCAGCCCUCAGCCCCCAGCCCUCUGUGAAGGAGAGGCUCCUUCAUCAGCCAUUAUCACCCAGCCCCUGAUCUCCCAAGCCCUCAGCCCCCAGUCCCCAGUCCCCAGCCCUCAUCCCCCAUCUCCCCAGCCCUCAUCACCCAGCCCUCAGCCCCCAACCCUCAGUCGUCAGCCUCCCAGCAGUAAUCCCAACAGUAAACCCAGCCCUCAGCCUCCCAGCAGUAAUCCCAACAGUAAACCCAGCCCUCAGCCUCCCAGCAGUAAGACAAGCAGUAAGACCAGCAGUAAGACCAGCAGUAAGAUCAGCAGUAAGAUCAGCAGUAAGACCAGCAGUAAGAUCAGCAGUAAGACCAGCAGUAAGACCAGCAGUAAGAUCAGCAGUAAGACCAGCAGUAAGACCAGCAGUAAGACCAGCAGUAAGAUCAGCAGUAAGAUCAGCAGUAAGACCAGCAGUAAGAUCAGCAGUAAGAUCAGCAGUAAGAUCAGCAGUAAGACCAGCAGUAAGACCAGCAGUAAGACCAGCAGUAAGAUCAGCAGUAAGAUCAGCAGCAAGACCAGCAGCAAGACCAGCAGCAAGACCAGCAGCAAGACCAGCAGUAAGCACUGUUGCCAUGGAAGGAGCAGCAGCCCACUAGGGGAGAGGAGCAGCAGCCCACUAGGGGAGAGGAGCAGCUGUCUAUUGGCUGAGAGGAGCAGCAGUCUACUGGGGGAGAGGAGCAGCUGUCUACUGGCUGAGAGGAGCAGCAAUCUACUAGGGGAGAGGAGCAGCUGUCUACUGGCUGAGAGGUGGAGCAGUCGACUGGGGGAGAGGAGCAGCUGUCUACUGGCUGAAAGGAGCAGCUGUCUACUGGCUGAGAGGAGCAGCUGUCUACUGGAUGAGAGGAGCAGCAAUCUACUGGCUGAGAGGAGCAGCAGUCUACUGGCUGAGAGGAGCAGCAGCCUACUGGCUGAGAGGAGCAGCUGUCUACUGGCUGAGAGGAGCAGCAGUCUACUGGGGGAGAGGAGCAGCUGUCUACUGGCUGAGAGGAGCAGCAAUCUAAUAGGGGAGAGGAGCAGCUGUCUACUGGCUGAGAGGAGCAGCAGUCUACUGGCUGAGAGGAGCAGCAGUCUACUGGCUGAGAGGAGCAGCAGUCUACUGGCUGAGAGGAGCAGCAGCCUACUGGCUGAGAGGAGCAGCUGUCUACUGGGGGAGAGGAGCAGCUGUCUACUGGCUGAGAGGAGCAGCAAUCUAAUAGGGGAGAGGAGCAGCUGUCUACUGGCUGAGAGGAGCAGCAGUCUAUUGGCUGAGAGGAGCAGCAGCCGACUGGGGGAGAGGAGCAGCAACCUAUUGGGGGAGAGGAGCAGCAGUCUACUGGCUGAGAGGAGCAGCAGUCGACUGGGGGAGAGGAGCAGCAAUCUACUGGGGGAGAGGAGCAGCAGUCUACUGGCUGAGAGGAGCAGCAGCCCACUAGGGGAGAGGAACAGCUGUCUACUGGCUGAGAGGAACAGCAGUCCACUGGCUGAGAGGAGCAGGAGUCUACUGGGGGAGAGGAGCAGCAGUCGACUGCGGGAGAGGAGCAGCUGUCUACUGGCUGAGGAGCAGCAGCCGACUGGGGGAGAGGAGCAGCAGUCUACUGGGGGAGAGGAGCAGCAGUUUACUGGGGGAGAGGAGCAGCAACCUACUGGGGGAGAGGAGCAGCAGAGCAGCAGUCUACUGGGGGAGAGGAGCAGCAGUCUACUGGGGGAGAGGAGCAGCAGUCUACUGGGGGAGAGGAGCAGCAGUCGACUGGGGGAGAGGAGCAGCAGUCGACUGGGGGAAAGGAGCAGCAGUCUACUGGCUGAGAAGAGUAGCUGUCUACUGGCUGAGAGGUGCAGCUGUCUACUGGCUGAGAGGAGCAGCUGUCUACUGGCUGAGAGGAGCAGCAGCCAACUGGCUAGGAGGAGCAGCUAUUUACUGGCUGAGAGGAGCAGCAGUCUACUGGGGGAGAGGAGCAGCUGUCUACUGGCUGAGAGGAGCAGCUGUCUACUGGCUGAGAGGAGCAGCUGUCUACUGGCUGAGAGGAGCAGCAGUCGACUGGGGGAGAGGUACAGCAGUCUACUGGCUGAGAGGAGCAGCAGCCUACUGGCUGAGAGGAGCAGCUGUCUACUGGCUGAGAGGAGCAGCAGUCUACUGGGGGAGGGGAGCAGCUGUCUACUGGCUGAGAGGAGCAGCAGUCUACUUGCUGAGAGGUGCAGCAGUCGACUGGGGGAGAGGAACAGCAGUCUACUGGCUGAGAGGAGCAGCAGUCUACUGGUGGAGAGGAGCAGCAGUCUACUGGGGGAGAGGAGCAGCAGUCUACUGGCUGAGAGGUGCAGCAGUCGACUGGGGGAGUGGAGCAGCAGUCUACUGGGGGAGAGGAGCAGCAGUCGACUGGGGGAGAGGAGCAGCUGUCUACUGGCUGAGAGGUGCGGCAGUCGACUGGAGGAGAGGCGCAGCAGUCUACUGGCUGAGAGGAGCAGCAGUCUACUGAGGGAGAGGAGCAGCAGUCUACUGGCUGAGAGGAGCAGCUGUCUACUGGCUGAGAGGUGCAGCAGUCGACUGGGGGAGAGGAGCAGCAGUCUAUUGGCUGAGAGGAGCAGCAGUCUACUGGCUGAGAGGAGCAGCAGUCUACUGGGGGAGAGGAGCAGCAGUCUACUGGCUGAGAGGUGCAGCAGUCGAAUGGGGGAGAGGGGCAGCUGUCUACUGGCUGAGAGGAGCAGCAGUCUACUGGGGGAGAGGAGCAGCUGUCUACUGGCAGAGAGGAGCAGCAGUCGACUGGGGGAGAGGAGCAGCAGUCUACUGGGGGAGAGGAGCAGCAGUCUACUGGGGGAGAGGAGCAGCAGCCUACUGGCUGAGAAGAGUAGCUGUCUACUGGCUGAGAGGAGCAGCUGUCUACUGGCUGAGAGGAGCAGCAGUCGACUUGGGGAGAGGAGCAGCAGUCUACUGGGGGAGAGGAGCAGCAGUCUACUGGGGGAGAGGAGCAGCAGUCUACUGGCUGAGAAGAGUAGCUGUCUACUGGGAGAGGAGCAGCUCUGUCGACUGGGGGAGAGGAGCAGCUGUCUACUGGGGGAGAGGAGCAGCAGUCUACUGGGGGAGAGGAGCAGCAGUCUACUGGCUGAGAAGAGUAGCUGUCUACUGGCUGAGAGGAGCAGCUGUCUACUGGCUGAGAGGAGCAGCAGUCUACUGGGGGAGAGGAGCAGCUGUCUACUGGCUGAGAGGAGCAGCAAUCUACUGGCUGAGAGGAGCAGCAGCCUACUGGCUGAGAGGAGCAGCAGCCUACUGGCUGAGAGGAGCAGCAGACGACUGGGGGAGAGGUACAGCAGUCUACUGGCUGAGAGGAGCAGCAGUCGACUGGGGGAGAGGAACAGCAGUCUACUGGCUGAGAGGAGCAGCAGCCUACUGGCUGAGAGGAGCAGCUGUCUACUGGCUGAGAGGAGCAGCAGCUACUGGCUGAGAGGAGCCCUCUGA